AGUACACACCCUACACCUUUUGUUAUUCAUGUUAUCCCAUUUGGUUAGAUUGAAAGGUUAGAAGGGGAGGCCAACAAGAUUGAAAAUUGAGCGUCUUCUGCAUUAAAAGUUACUGCUGCAGACCAGCUCAGUCUCAAGCAGCCAACAAACGUGUCACAAUUCACUACGGGCAAUCAAGCAAGAUGUGGGGAGUUAUAAUUGUGUCACUGCUGGGCCUUACAGCGGGGGUGUGGGCGUACCCUUCAGGUGCCCCAGCCUCAGCCUGUCUGGACAUGACCCCCCAACACGGGCCAUCCGAACAGACCAGCACGCCGCCGUAUGAACUAGUGGUCAGCAAUGAUACAUAUGCAGGCGGGGAUGAAAUUGAAGUCACCCUAAGAAGGACUGGUAACUCUGCACAGUUCAGGGGGUUCUUUAUCCAAGCUCGCACCCCCGGAUCAACAGAUGCACAAGGACAGUUCACCACUGUUGACUCUGGCACCACCAAAACUGUCAACUGUGGCAGUGUGGCAAACUCAGAAAAUGGAGUGACUCACACCGGAAGGACAGAUAAAACAACUGUGACUGUGACGUGGACUGCACCAGCAAACCGCGUGGGACACAUACAGUUCAGGGCUACAGUUGUAGAGACAGAGGACGUUUUCUGGGUGACCAAGGUGAAGUCUUCCUACGUACAGGACCCCACUGCAGGGCCUUUACCCACACAAGCAACCUCUAGUGGACAGGACAUUGGGGUGACUUCCAGUGGUUGUGGCUCCACCAAAGGUUGUUACCAGGCCCCCAGCAAUUGUGCCCCGCCGUCUUGUGACUACUUCUCCUCCUGGCAAACAUUGAGCAACAACAGCGUGCUGGUUGAAGUUAGCGGGACGUCCAACGGAUACGUGGCUGUGGGCAUCUCUCAUGAUAACAUGAUGGGAUUAGAUGUCAUCUAUGAGUGUGUGUAUGACUCAGACACAGGCAGCACCACUGCCUUCUCUUCCUGGAGCCCGGGAAAGACAAGGCCAGAAAGGGACAGCACCCAGGGUGGAAUCUGGGCCAUUUCUGGGUCUUACGUGAAUGGUGUUGUGUCGUGUAAGUUCAUCAUAGCUAUCAACGAUGCCGCGGCCGGCAGGAGACAGGUGAAGGUCAAUGACCUGAAUUUCUACUUGCUGAUGUCGAAAGGAUCCACGACUGGAAAUACAAUAUCAUACCAUGCCGCUAACCGCAUCGUUUCAUCUAGUCAGAUUGAUUUCCAAAGCAGCACCCAACACUCUAGUGGCGCAAGGAGCCGGGGCACUGUCAAGGCACACGGUAUAUAUAUGUAUAUAAUAUACGUAUAUACAUACAUAUACAUUUGUAUGAAUGUAUAAUAAAACAAUGAUUGAUGACAAUUUGCUUUUGUGGUGAGAAAGAAAAACUGCUAUAUACAUGUAUGUUGUAGUAAGUUCACUGAUAUUUUGUGUACUAGUUGGUAAAAGAUACUUUUUGCAACCAUUUAGCCCUUUCUCUUCACGUUUUUAAACAAAUAUUCUUGAUAAUGAACUCAUUACGUUACUCUGACAGCUAACAAUUCACACUCAUUUUCUAGAUGUCUUAAUAGAUGAAAAUUAAAAUGAAAAUAUCACAUCGAUCUCAUUUUGUACAAAUAUUCAUGGGAAUACUAAGAUAUAGGGAUUGUACGAAAGGUAUAGGAAAGGUACAAAAGGUAGGAAAUAUUCUAUCCCCUAAAAUGUUUAUUACUCUGUACUACUAGUAUAUUCUUUUUUAUCCCUACCUAUCCUACCGUAACAUUGAAUGGAUGAGUGAUUACUAUAACUCUACAUCACUUAAACCACUCUUUUUACUCCAGAAACGGUUCAUAAGAAUAGCCUUAAAUGUUCCCUUCCUAAGUGGUUCGCUGUUUUAAAAAAAGAUUAAAGAUCCUCACAAUAUACUGCAUAAACAGAUUUCAAACUAGCUUGUUGAUGUACAAGAUGUACAAAAUUCAAAUAUCCACAACCACCACACAAGAAAGAGCAACUGUCUGAGGCCUAUUGAUGCAAAAAUUUACCAACAGCAAUUUACUACCAUGCAUAUAGGGGUCCCAAAGUUUGGAACAACUUGAAUAAGACAGUAAAGCUGAGUCCGUCUUUGUCACACAAAGGCUGACUUAAUCUUUAUAAAUAACCCUACAUUUUCCUUAUUUGGCUUAGACUUCCUUGUUUAGUGCUGUAAACCUACAACGUUUACAUAUAUCCAUACAUUAUUACCUACAAGUUAUGGCCAAUCAUUUAUUAUAAUGUGGUAAGGUAAGAUUGCAUUAUAUUGUUUCUUUUAUUUAUUGUCCCUACUUAUUUCUUUAGUUUAAUUGAUGUAUAUUGUAAUAAGUUAGUAAAGAAAGGCCUUAAAUUGUAUUUAAUAAGCAGCAGCUUUGGGCUGCUCUUGCGGUGUUAUGUCUCUUUAUAUUUCAUUGCCAUGUAUCAAUUGUUUUUCUUCAAGUGCAAAAUAAACAAGUUGAAUAAACAACA